GCCGUACUGCGCAGGCGCAAUGGACGGACCCGCCCCUCGGCGCCACGUCACUGCAGCGCGACUCGGCGCCAGGCGUGUUUUCACCCGAGAGCGGACUCGAGCCCAGCGCGAGCUAGAGACCAUGUAAAACACACCGUUGAGUGGCCUUAAGGUGUUUACGACCCCCAAAUGCGAUGAAACUGCGCUGAAAGACUCAGCGUUUCCUCCGUUGGAGCUUUGCAGGUGAUCGUGAUGGAGAAGUGUCUGUGGUGCACCACCUCUCUGGAGGCGGAGGGCGACGCUGGGAUAGUCCCCCUGCUGCAUCGCUACAGCUCCGGACGGCUGUCUGAGAGAGAGAUGGACUCUCUGAAUGAAGACCUCGGCUGCUGUCUGGAGUGUGUGGUGGAGUACCAUCGAGCCAGAGAUAAGGUCCCUGAUCUGCACAAGCGUUUGUGGGAAAUGGAGAAGGCUCGACUCGUGUGUUUGUUGGAAACCAGCCUGGAGAAGGAGUUGGAGGAGGACGACAUCUUCAUUAUCGAAGACGAUCACGAGAAGCCGGUGUCGAAGAUAUCGCCCACAGAAUUCCACGACCGUCUCCGUUCUCCGCUGUUCGAAGUUCUGAAGUAUCCGUACCUGCUCUGCUGCCGUGAUCUGUGUGACUUGGCGGUGAAGGCCUUGUGUAAGUUGCAGGAUAUGAACCAGCCUUUGAUGGUGUUCGAUAAGUAUCAGGGAAUAUAUCUGCUGCUCGUUCAUCCCAACGAACAGGUGCGCCGCUGGGCAAUCGAUACGGCAAAGACCACGAAGACCGUGGACAGGGACUCCUACUAUGACCUUCAAGAGAUUUUCUCCUCCAUGUUUUAUAUCAUUGAGCUUGGGAUAUCUUUGGACUUUCCAGAUUUGAACCAAGAGUCUUAUGCAGGGGGCAUCAUACAAAUGCUCCCCUCUCACCUCUAUGAUUCGCAAAACAAGAAGAACUACUGGCUGGGUAUCUGUAUGUUACUCACACAGCUCAGUGCAGAGGCAAUGGACUCUCUGUUCAUGGGACAGUUUAACAUCCCGCUUUGCAUACUUAACACAAUGGAUGGGUUAAAAAAUGAGGAUAGCCCAGCUUCUGACCCAUUCUGGCCAGCCCUCCACUGUUUUAUGGUCAUUCUGGACCGACUUGGUUCUAAGAUCUGGGGUCAGGUUGACCCUAAUGUAGCAUUCCAGACGAUCACCGGCGCAGACAGCUAUGUUGCGGAAAUUAGAAACAUCCAGCAAAAAACCACGGGCAGGAUGGUUAAAACAGAACCUGAAUAUGAUGACAAUAUAGUGACCUGCAGUCAGAUGGUGUACGACUGUUAUACCUCAGAAAAACGCAUCCAAGCAUCUGGUUCAUCUAACAGUAGCGUUUCCAACAACUAUGUGAUCUAUGAGGAUAUGCAGUCGCUGGUCACUGUGCUUGAUUCUGAAAUGGGCCAGAGCAUGCGUGUAUAUGGAAGCACUUUUCUGUGGUUCAUUCCAUUCGUCCGUUCCAUAAUGGAACUUCCAGAGCUCAACGCUUCCUAUAUUAGUGAAGUCAUCCACUACCUUUGCGAUAAGAUACGAGAAAAUCGGCACAUGUUAACGGGGCAGACAAGUGUGUGCGAUAAAGUGACUGAGUUCUUCACUCGUAUCCUUAUUCAAGUUGUGGAGCUGCACUCUACUGAGGGACGAAUGGGAAUACUUUCUCGCUGUGCCCAAAAGUGGGUGGGAGAGAUUGUCUUGUGCAUAAUCCAAGCAGAUGAACCACAUGGACGACCAGACAGGAUGGGUGGAGUCAGUUCAACCUCAUACAACCUUGGGGUAAUUGGAAGCCUGCCUGCACCUAGAGGAGGCUUAGGUGCCAUAAUUUCUGACUGCAUGAAAUUGAUUAGACUGCUGCUGAGAGAAGGAAAAAGAAAUCCAUCAAGUGCGACUCACUUUUUGAGUUUGCUCAACAAGCAGUUGCGUGGAGUUACAAACAAACGAUGGAAUCUAACACGUACUGAAUCUGAUGAGCUUCAGAAGUGUUUGUUAAGAGUUGUCCGGUCGAUGCCAGAAAGACCUGCUUCUCCAAGCUCCGUUGUUCCACCACCAGGUCCACCAUCAGUGGAGGCAGCUACAAACACUGUUAUUUCCAGAGACUCAGUGCUAACCCUAAAUCAGCAACAACAUGAGGGCCAAGAGGCAGGUCCGAGCAGAGCAGGAGAUGAAUCUGGUGGUAUCAAAGUGGAGCCAAUUUGGAAUUAUACAAAUUGGAACUUGGAUGAGGAUUUGUGUAGCGGUCUUGAUGUUAUCAUGAAGGCUAAGACGGAACCCCUUGACCCAGUAUCAGUUUCACAGCCGAGACCAGUUGUGGGGUUGGAAUGCAUUAAACCAGAUAUGGGAAAAGUUCAGGAAAUUCGAUCCAGACUAAAUGACAACCAGAAUUUGUCAAAGAUCAAAGCCAUUGCCAAACAAACACCUAGUGAGUCCUUAAAAUUGGCUAAAGAGGAAUGUGGUUUUGGUGCUGAGGGAGAGGAUGACGAUGAACCCCUUGAUAUCAAACGUGUUCGUCUAUCAAAAUCCAUCUCCAAAGUUGAAUCUAGCGACUCUGAAGUUGACUGUAGUGUUAGUGGAAAAACUCCUAACAAGUCCAUGGGUACCUCAAAGGAUAACACAGAGUCCAGUACCAUUGUUAUCUCUGAUGAUGAUGAUUCUGAUGAUGAAAGGCCAAAUGACAUCCCAAGGUCUCCAGAAGAUUGUGUCUUGUCUGAGAACCCUGGUCGUGAUUAUGAUGAUCUCAGUGAAUCGCAGGUCUUUGAGUUUGAGACCCAGCAAUAUGUGGCGUCUUCCUGGGAUGAUUCCAACUUUGAUGCAUCAGACUUGGCGAAGAAGCCGACAUCAGACAAACUGCUCAAACCACAUGGUGGUGAAGCGUCUCCAUCAAGUUCAGAAACUGAACCAAUUCCUGAUGAAGACAUUGAGAGGGCUUGUCAGCAAGCAGAAGAUAAAAUCAGAGAACAACAGCAGCCACAAGAGCCAGUGGAUUCAUGUACGUCGUCAAAAGGGUCCAAAGUUUCUAGUACUGCAGAAAGCUGGGAUAAAUUUGCCAAACCUAAGCCGGUUAAAAUCACAAAAACCACUCCAUCUGAUGAGAAACGACAUAAAAAGCCGUUGUUAAUUGAUGCCCUUGUUCAAAAAGUCAGGCGCCACCCCUGGAAACGCAGCUCCACAUCUCAGGACUCGGAGGAACCUUCCUCUUCAACUACUCCAUCCUCAUGUGCAGCAUCAUCUUCCUCUCCGUCCUGCAGCUCUGCUUCCUCUCCUUAUUUUUCUGCACACAGUUCGCACAAAACCCCGGCGAUUGUUCCCCCAAAGAAGGUGCGUAAGGUUGUCGAGCCGGAAUCGACAGCAGAGCGAUUGGGAUUAAAAAAGAAGGAACGGAAAGCAUUUGAACUUUCUCAGCGCUCCCUUGAUUGUGUUGCUAAACUGAGGUACCAUGGUCAGAAAGUGCAGGUGGAACCACAACUGAAAACUAGACGGGUGCGUCGGGCUGCUAAGACCUCUCCACAGAAAUGUACCGUAAAAGGCAACAAGAAACUUCUGGGGUCACAAGAUAUUCAGUUUUUCAGGCAAAGUCGUGAGAAGCAUCAGAGGCCAGUGACAGGGGCCAUCAUGACAGUACCUCCUAAACCAGCAAAGGCUAAUCAGCCAGGUGACGGGCACUUAACAAAAUCUACAGUUGCAGGCAACGAGGCUGGUGACGCCUUUCCCUGUCCUCCUCCAGAUCCUGACCAUCAGCAGGAUAAUGAAAAGUCUGCAUCAGGAACCAGUUCUAUAGAUGGUGGCACUGGAAAUAAUGUGAGAAUAGAAUCCAAGUACUUCCAAGCCAGUGAAACCACUGAUAUCAACAUGAAAGAAAAACCUGCUCAAGAGGAUAAUGAUGAAGAGUGGAUGUUCCUUACUCAGAUGGAACCCACCGACAUGGAACUGUGCUCUCAAAUGGAGCAGUUUGAGGAAGAAAAUGGCGAAGAACUAUUUCUUACCCAGAGAGAUCCUGUUGACAUGGAUAUUGAUACAGAUAGCGAGUCGGAUACCCCAGGGCCAACCUUGCCAACUAAACCUAUUCGGACUCCUGUCAGUGGAAAUGAUGAUAAUUUGUUUGUGAAGCCAGGUAUGUCACCUGUGUCUCAGAAAAAAGCCAAACCCUCUACAACAAAAAUAUACACUCCCAGCUCCCGCAGUGCCUCACUUGUCCUUGAAAUGGAAAAAGGAGCCAAGCCUCCUCCUGUUGCGAAAGCGAAGAUUCCCCGACUGCCGCCAAAGACAUUUCAACCUCUCCAUUCUCCACAACUUCCAAAGCCACUUCCUUCACAACAAGCUCCAUAUACUCCCAAGUUGGUAACUAGCUCUAAAAUAAGCUCCACCUCGGAGCCACCAUCUUACAAGGUAUACCAAAGACCUGAGGCUCCAGUUAACAGACCAGUACCCACAAUGGAUCCAAGCCCGAAGUUUGACCUUUCGAUCUUGACUCAAGCAAUCCUUAAAUGGGAAUACGGGAUGCUUGAAAAUUACAAAGCUUUUGGGAGUCCACAUGAUCUGUGCCAGCUACCGCUGAAGAAAGUGCCAGUUCAGUUUCCUAGCUACCUGGAGUACUUCAACACUUUGUACCCCCUGCUGCUAAUUAAUGCAUUUGAAGAGAUGGCGAGUGAAUGGCUCAAAGAGGGCAGAAUCAAGCUUAACCUAACAGUCCAGGGUAUAGAAUACAGCAAUCGCACAGCUAGUGCCAGCUUCACUGCAAACAUUUCUCCAGAAACUGAUAUGAAACAACUGUACCCAAAAGAAGAUGACCUUGUGCUACUUUGGUUGCCUGACAACACUGGGUCAUAUGCUCUACAUGAGCCUAGUUUACAAGAACAACGUCCUCAUUUUGGCUAUGUGUCUCGGUCCAGUGUGUCCAACAGAGGUCAAGGUUCCAGGCCAAUUCUGAACUUGACUGUUCAGACACGUGGUAAUGUGUCUUCAGUGAAUUCCCAACCUGUGCUCUGUGAAGUCGUUGGGUCAUUGAUCAGCAUAUUCCGGGAGUUCCGUGCGCUGUGUUUGCUGCGGAAUGGACCAAUGUUGCGUCCUCUUCUUGCUCCACACGUGUCUUAUUUUACGCACACUCUGGAUAGCCCACCGGACCUGGAUUCACCAGAGUUCAACAGGGACCAAGCAAGAGCAAUAGCUUGCGGUCUUGCCAUGAUAAAGAGAACACGGAAGACCCCAAAGUUUCUUCUCAUUCAUGGUCCUCCAGGAACUGGGAAGAGUAAAACAAUUGGUGGCCUGUUGUACAAACUACUAUCUUCGGGUACUAACAGUGCUGCUCCUUCUGGGAACCUUCACGCAAAAUCUCGACGUACAAGAGUUCUUCUUUGUGCACCCUCUAACGCUGCAAUCGACUGUCUGAUGAAGAAAGUCAUUUUGAUAUUUAAAGAGAAAUGCCGAAACAUCAACGCACCUCAAGGUAACUGCGGUGAUAUAAACCUGGUGCGACUGGGAAGUGAAAGGACCAUAUCGAAGUCACUAAAACCUUUCAGCCUCGAUCACCAGACUAAAGCUAGAGCACAGCGAGCCCAGCAAUCUGUAGAAACAGACGUACACAGGCGGAAGGAGCAACUGGACAAAAGUAUUGAUAAUCUCUCCCAGAGAUGUGCAAAGACCAAGAAGGAUUCUUCUGAGUUCCAGAAGUUGAUGGAGGAGAAGUUGCAGCUUAUGAAAGCGAGGGAGGGACUGAGUCGGCAGAUUAAAGAGUGUCGGAGCAGGCGACAGGAGAGUCAAGCUGUUGUGCUGCAAAACGCUCAUGUGAUCUGCUGCACGCUCAGCACCAGUGGAAGUAUUGUCCUCGAGAAUGCCUUCCGUCGUCUCGGGCACGAACCGUUCAGCUGCGUCAUCAUCGAUGAGGCUAGCCAGGCUAAAGAAACGGAGACUCUGAUUCCCAUGCUGUACCGCUGUCCUGCUGUAAUACUUGUCGGUGAUCCCAACCAGCUUCCACCAACCGUUGUCUCUCAGAAAGCAAAGGAGUUUGGCUACGACAAAUCUCUUAUGGCAAGGUUAUGCAAAAGCCUUUAUCAGUCAAACCCACAGCACUCUCCCAUCCUGCUGCUCAGCGUGCAGUACCGCAUGCACCCGGACAUCUGCCAGUUCCCCUCAAAGUACAUCUACAACAGCGCUCUUAAGGACGACUGCGAGACUGCUCAGAAACGCUGCUCCCUCAGCUGGCCCUUCAAGCCCUACAAAGUGUUCGACGUGAAGGAUGGAAUAGAGAAGAAGGAGAGAGAUUCAUUUUCCAAUCACAAAGAAGUCAAGCUGGUCGUGCUGCUUUUGAAGCUGCUGGGUGAGAAGCAGUCGGUGCGAGUGGGUGUCAUCACGCCCUAUAACGCCCAGAAACAACGCAUACUGGAAGCCGUCAGGAGCUCAGGCAUCAACAAGCAACUUCAGGUUGAGGUUGAUACAGUCGAUGGCUUUCAGGGCAGAGAAAUGGACUGCAUCAUUGUGUCUUGUGUGAGAGCCAGCAGUGAAAUGGGCUCCAUUGGGUUUGUUGGAAAUCGCCAGAGAAUGAACGUAACCAUCACCAGAGCCAGAUUUAGCCUCUUCAUACUGGGACACAUACGCACACUCAAGGAACAAAGUGAUUGGGGAGCACUGAUCGAGGACGCUAGCAUGCGCAAAACUAUCGUCAGAACAAUUCAAAAAGAUUUCGAAAGGGACGCCAGGCAGAUUCUUAAACCAGAACGAGAGCCGCCGACCCGCAGUUUCUCUUAUCCCCCAAUUGGGACCGGAAGCGCUUCAAACACGUCUGUUACGCAUGCGCCUGUGGAAACAGACCCCGCCCCCACAGCCCGCCCUCAACCUGACGCGAGCCAUGCGCCCGUGCCGCGGCUGAUACCAUUGGAAUGCCUUAAUAACCCACGGAUGAGCGACAGGCCCACAGACCCACGUUUUGCAGACCGUCGGCCAAUGAGGGAACAGAGACCCGACAGAGAUGGGCGGGGCUUACCGGAAUCCCGCCACUCAACGCCCAGAGCUAAUUCAUAUGACUCGGACUCUAGAAGUUCUCGACAGUCUUCCAGAUACUCUUCAAAACACCGCGGUUCUUCACCGUCGAGAUCAUACAGGAGAUGAAUUCUGUUUUUAUGUCACCUUAAAGCCUUACAGAAAAGCGUAAAGGGAGAGAUUUUUUUUUUUUCAUGUUUUGAGAAUCCAUUUUGUACACGGAUCGUCAUUAAACGUCUCUUUCUCAGGCAUUGGCUUAACGAUCAUCUUGACAAAUUAGUCUGUUUACUGCUUAUCUCUUUCUAAGCGUAUUCUGCUGCUAAAUGACCAUUUGAAGAGCUGUUUUAUGCACGAAGAGGGACGUUAUGUUCCGUACAACGGGUUUUUGGGCCUUGUGCUUGUCUCUCAAAA